CAGCUGUUUUUAACCAGAAAGAGAAAAGUGAGCAGAAUCAGAGGAAGACUUGAAGAAACAUCAGCAAAGUCUGAGGAGCCAAGAAACAUUUUACAACUAAAAACUUUGACUUUUCAAAUGUGGAGCAGGUUUUAACUGAGGCUUCAUAGUAAAAGAGGAAACCAAGUUCAGAUUCACAGAGCUGCUCCUCGUCCUGGACUGAGUCAAAGGUUGAUAACCUCUGAUCGCUUAUCUUGUUUCCUCAAUUUAACUUCAGUCAUCGGUAAGUGAGGCUCAGACGGUCGUUGUCACUGAGAGGUGAAAUGGAGCAGAAAGCAGUUCAGCUGGACCAAGAAACUAUUUCUUGUCCGAUCUGUUUGGAUCUACUGAAGGAUCCGGUGACUACUCCCUGUGGACACAGCUACUGCAAGAACUGUAUUAAAGACCACUGGGACACAGAGGAUGAGAGGAGGAUCUACAGCUGCCCUCAGUGCAGGAAGAGCUUCACACCGAGGCCUGAGCUGCUGACACACACCAUGUUAGCAGCUUUAGUGGAGCAGCUGAAGAAGACUGGACUCCAAGCUGCUCCUGCUGAUCACUGCUAUGCUGGACCUGAAGAUGUGGCCUGUGAUUUCUGCACUGGGAGGAAACUGAGAGCAGUUAAGUCCUGUCUGGUCUGUCUGGCCUCUUACUGUGAGAAACACCUCCAGCCUCAUUAUGAAUCAGCUACAUUUAAGAAACACAAGCUGGUGGAGCCGUCAGAGAAGCUCCAGGAGAACAUCUGCUCUCGUCAUGAUGAGGUGAUGAAGAUGUUCUGCCGUACUGAUCAGCAGUGUAUCUGUUAUCUCUGCUCUGUGGACGAACAUAAAGGCCACGACACAGUGUCAGCUGCAGCAGAGAGGACUGAGAGGCAGAGAGAGCUGGAGGGGAGUCGACACAACAUCCAGCAGAGAAUCCAGGACAGAGAGGAAGAUGUGAAGCUGCUUCAACAGGAGGUGGAGGCCAUCAAUGGCUCUGCUGAUAAAGCAGUGGAGCACAGUGAGAAGAUCUUCACCCAGCUGAUCCGUCUCAUGGAGGAAAGACGCUCUGAUGUGAAGCAGCAGGUCAGAUCCCAGCAGGAAACUGAAGUGAGUCGAGUCAAAGAGCUUCAGGAGAAGCUGGAGCAGGAGAUCACUGAGCUGAAGAGGAAAGACGCUGAGCUGAAGAAGCUCUCACACACAGAGGAUCACAACCAGUUUCUACACAACUACCCCUCACUGUCAGCACUCAGUGAGUCUACACACUCAUCCAGCAUCAACAUCCGUCCUCUCAAGUACUUUGAAGAUGUGACAGCAGCUGUGUCAGAGCUCAGAGACAAACUACAGGACGUCCUGAGAGACACAUGGACCAACAUCUCGCUGACAGUGACUCAAGUGGAUGUUUUACUGUCACUACCAGAGAACAUGACCAGAGCUGACUUCUUAAGAUAUUCACGUGAAAUCACACUGGAUCCAAACACAGCACACACAUAUCUGUUAUUAUCAGAGAGGAACAGAAAAGCAACAUUCAUGAGUCAACAACAGUCUUAUUCUGAUCAUCCAGACAGAUUCACUGGGUGUCCUCAGGUCCUGAGUAGAGAGAGUCUGACUGGACGUUGUUACUGGGAGGUGGAGUGGAGAGGAGACGGAGUUGGUGUAGCAGUCGCAUACAAGAAUAUAAGCAGAGCAGGGAGGUCACAUGAAUGUAGAUUUGGAUAUAAUGACAAAUCUUGGAUGUUAAUUUGUUACACAUACAGUUUUAACUUUUAUCACAACAAAGUCAAAACUCCCGUCUCAGGUCCUCUGUCCUCCAGAGUUGGAGUGUACCUGGAUCACAGUGCAGGUAUUCUGUCCUUCUACAGCGUCUCUGACACCAUGACUCUCCUCCACAGAGUCCAGACCACAUUCACUCAGCCGCUCUGUGCUGGAGUUUCGGUUUAUUAUGAAUCCUCUGCUGAGUUCAGUAAACUCAAAUAGUCUGAAGUCAUUUCAGGGUCAGUGGGUUAAAUUGUGUGUUUCAGUUCUUCAGACUUGUUGUGUUUCCAUCAUUGUUGCUGAGAGCUGAUUGUUGUGGCAUUUCUUCACUGCACACAGAUCAACCUGUCAAUCAAACACUGUGGGCGGUACUUUGACGCCUUCUUGUUGUUCUGUAAAUGUUGGACUUUCUUCAGGCGGCGCUCCUUCCUGUGUCUGUUCAGCCACGGAGGCUCUCGCUGCUCAUGAUGACUUCACUUCACAUGAUCAUAAUCAAUAAGGAGAUGCUUCAUUAUUUGCUUGUACAUAGCUGAGAUUCUGCUCCAACACACUGUGUGGAUGAAGUGAAUCUGCUGUUUAACAGACUUUACUGACGGUUCAGAUUUUGAUUCUCUUCAUAUUUUGUUCAAUUCACUGAUUCUUCCAUAUUUUGAGGUGUGAGGCAACUCGUCUGUGACUCGUACUAAACCUUUGUAUGUCUCAGAGAAAAGAGCAAUAAGACUUAUUAUCAAGGUGGAUAAAAGAAAACACAGUAACAGACUGUUUAUCAGGUCACAGUCCAUCAGUAUCUACAGUAUCUGGUGUUGUUGUUAAGAAAGGAGCAGCUCAUAGAGGUUUUUAUUCUUCCAGCUCCUGUUUGGUUCAUUGAAUGUGUUGAAGUGUAACUGGGUGAAGAAGCUUUUCAGAAAUAAAUUCUCACUCAGGUUAAGGAUCGCUCUCCAACACGUUCAAAUGUUCACGUGUUCUUUUUUUGUUUUUUGUCGAGUGUUACAUAGAUGUGACAACACAGCCGUGUUUUCAGAGACAGUCUCUGUUUUCAAAAGAAUGCUAUGUAGUUUUGGAGUUGUCAGAAUUGUAAUAUUUAGAAUUUUAAUGUGGUAAUAAUACAAACUCAGAAAUAUAAUGUUUUAUAAUGUAUGUAUAUAAUGUCUGCAGCAUAUGCAACGUUCUGGUCAGUGGACCUCUGAUGUAAUCAGGUCGAGGCCAUUUAAAGCUGAUUCAAAUUAAAAAAGGAAAACUGAAAAUCAAACAGAAUAAACAGCCAGUGUGAGUCAGACAGAAUCAGAGCACAGAUCAGUUCAAACUGGACAUUUAUUCAUGCGGCAGCUUUACGUUUCUUUUCUUCUGUUUCAUGUCUCAGCUCUGUGUUUAUGCUCCGGUGAGGUUCAGCCACAAAAACCAGGCUUCAGGAAACAUCAUGAUUCAAAGUGUUUCUUCAGCUUCACGACACUUUUCAACACAAUCUGACGUAAUCAGGUGAAUAGAUUCCUCCUCCAGCGUCUCCACAUGUUAUUAACCUUUGUUACUCUUGUGCUGCUUUAUAAUCUCUUAAUAAUAUUUAGUAAGUGACUCGUCUCUCAGUCUUCAGGGUCAAACAGGAGCAGCAGAGGAAAUCUGUUAAAGGACACGAAUCAUGUAUAUUAUAUCUAACCAAGUCCAUUAAAAGAAGGUCGGUUCUGAGAGUUUUGAUUAAAGGAGAAUUAUCUUAAAACAGCUUAAACCAGUUUCAUACCGACUCAUGUGAAGGUUUUGCCACAUGUAAGAGAAUCCUGACAUUGUUCUCUGGCUCAUCACGACGAACCGGCUGUGUGUUGAUCUCCUCCCUCCUCCUGGUUCGCUGUUUAUCACCGACUUGUAUUUGGAAAUGUGAUAACUGUACCUCCACUUCAGGGUAAUGUAGCUGCGCUUUCUGUGUACUAAUGAUUCAUCUGAGAGCAGAAAUUAGUACUUCAGAUGCAGUAAUUAUUGAUUUUGUAGCACAAAUUAACACUAAUAAAUAAUUUGAUGGCAAA